AGAUGAUGAAUGUAUCUGUUGUAGAGUAAAAAGAAUUUUUCAUAAAGGUUCUAAAGCUUCUUUCAACAAUCAAGAAUUUGAGAUAGAGUUUAAUAACAAAGUAGAUAAAAAAUCAAUAAUUUCUAUAACACAAGAAAAAAAUAGAUUACUUUUUAAAAAAAGUAACAGAUACUAUUGGCGUCCAGAGUUUAAAUUUGAUAGAACAAAAUUUAUUUUGACAGAUUGUGAGAACUUCGAUGGUAUGGAAGCAGAUAUUAUAGUUUAUCCAGCAAUUGUUGAAAAAUUACAUGCCAAAAAUAGCAAAGAAAUUGAAAUAAUUAACCAUAAACAAAAAUAUAAAGAAUUAUUUGAAUCUGAUACUACAAAAAAUAAAGAGGUUAAUAUGGAUAUAGAAGAAAACUGGAAUCCACAAAUUGAAUCUAGCACAUCUCAUAUUCAGGUUCAAGAAGAAGAAUCAAGCAAAGAAGAUUUAUCAGAUAAUAAUUCUGAUGAUUCAGAUUAUAUACGUAAAAAAAAGAAAGGAAAAACAGUUGUUGAUUCUGUUACUAAAAAUUUAAUAGCAGAAAAAGAAUCUAUAGAUUUUGAACAAGCUAGAAUUCAGUCAAAUUACAUAGAAUUAAACAACAAAUCACAAGAUCCAGAAGAAUUUUUGUCAGAAUCAGAAUUGUACGAAUCAGAUAUUAUACUUGAUAUCUCUGAAGAUAUGCCAAAAAAUACUAAGAAAUGUAAACAGAUUGAUGAAAAUAUUCAUCAAAAUUUUGAACAAAAAAACAAAGAUAAUCCUGAAUUUAAACGGUUAAAAAGAUUAUUUAAGUAA